UUUUAUGUGUGCUAGGGCCAUAGAGAUAGGGUGUGUGUUUGAGCUAGCUGGCUAGCUAUAUAGUGCAGCCUGCAUGCAUGGCAUAAACAGAAGAUUUCUCUGUGCUUAUAAUUGCAUUGAUUGAGAUAGGCAAGGGGAAAGAGAUAAGACAUAAAUGUGUGCUAUUUCAUUUUGAAUGCUGUCUACUUUGUCUGGCUGCCCAAAAUACAUGGAUAUAGUGAUUCUUAUCGUGUUCUGCUAAUAAUACCUUGGAUUCUAUUCCGGCCUGGGACAUCAAGUGCAUAGUGAGAUAUAUAAAACAUCCUGAACUCUGACUGUAGCUAUCGUAGGACAUAUAUAUUCAGCAGGGUUUGUAUCCCUUAAGCAGCAAGCUAGCUAGGGCCUGUGUUUGGUGGAUUUCAGGGGCCAGUGCAGAGAGUCUUGUUUUGGGGUAAUCGUUUGGCAACGGGGCUACCCAGCCGGUCGACUGGCCAGCCAUGAGUCGCCUCAAUUCAAGAGUAUUCAAGAAAUCAAGCCCAAAUGGCAAGAUCACGACAUAUCUUGGCAAAAGAGAUUUUGUCGACCAUCAAACACACAUCGAUCCAAUCGAUGGUGUGGUAUUAGUAGACCUAGACUACUUAAAGGAGAGGAAAGUCUUUGCCCAUGUGCUAGCAGCAUUCCGCUAUGGCCGGGAGGAUCUGGAUGUCCUUGGACUGACCUUCAGGAAGGAUCUGUACUUAGCAUCGGUCCAGGUCUACCCCAAGCCCACAGAGGAGGAGAGACCGCUUACUAGACUCCAGGAGAGGCUUAUCAAGAAACUAGGGUCCAAUGCAUAUCCGUUCUACUUCGAAGUAACUGCGGUCAAUUCCCCAUCAUCGGUCACACUUCAGCCCGCACAGGGCGACACAGGCAAACCAUGCGGUGUGGACUACGAACUCAAAACAUAUGUUGCAGAAACAAUGGACGAGAAACCACACAAGAGGAAUUCAGUACGGCUUGCCAUCAGGAAGGUUACCUACGCCCCAGACGUACCCGGCCCACAACCCACGGCUGAAGCACAGAAAGAGUUUGUUGUCAGUCCAGGAGCACUCCACCUUGAGGCAACGCUCGAUAAAGAGAUGUACUAUCAUGGUGAAAGCAUCGAGGUUAACGUCACCGUGGCAAACAAUUCAAACAGAACGGUGAAGAAAAUCAGGGUGUCAGUCCGGCAGUACGCAGACAUCUGCCUCUUUUCAACAGCACAGUACAAAUGCCCAGUAGCUUGCGUAGAAGCAGAAACUUCAGAAUAUGGUCUGCCACUCAAACCUAGCCAGAAACUAACGAAGGUAUUCUGUGUCAAACCGUUACUUGAUGACAAUAAAGACAAGCGAGGGCUGGCGUUAGACGGCAAGCUGAAACACGAGGACACAAAUCUUGCUUCAUCAACACUGUUAAAUCCAAACACAGACGACAAGCAAAAAGAAAGAGAGAGCUUAGGAAUCCUUGUAAAGUACAAAGUCAAAGUCAAGCUAAUAUUAGCUAACUUCGCUGGGGACUUAUCGGUGGAGCUGCCGUUCACUCUGUCUCAUCCUAAACCGGUUGAACCGGAACCAGCACCGGCUCCCGCACCUAGCCAACAAACAAACAAAGAGACUAAUGAGGUUCCAGUUGACACAAAUCUUAUCAAUUUUGAUGCAAAGAAUAACGAUCCAAAUGGACGGUCUGACAAAUACUGCGUUGGCAGGACGCUUUGCCUUAGUGCUACGAAUGAGGGCAGUGGUACUGACAUGCAGCAGAAGCUGGAGGAUGAGGAUGAUGAUCUCAUCUUUGAGGAUUUUGCCAGACUGCGACUGAAGGGCACAGAGGGUGAUGGAACAGAUGCCUGAGUCUUGGACCUCCAACCCAGCAUCACAAUUGCAUCAAAACCACGGGGGUGUUUCACAAAAUAUUGAGAUUGGCUUAAGUUGACCUUAAGUUGGUUUUAUCUUGAGUCGACUUUUAAUUGACCUGAAGUUGACAUUUGACUUUUCUUUUUGGAUUGGAUCCAUUGCCUACACGAAUCUGGUCAUGCAUAAGGUUAAAAUUUACCAACGUUAGACCUAUCAAAUAUCUGUAAUGAAAUAAGAUUCGGUUAAGUUGAAUUUUAGUUACCUUUACCUAUACAAAUGUCAUCAGUAAAGUGGAGAUUACUUAGAUUAGACAUUACCUAUUGUCUGUAAUGUCUUAAGUUGGAUUUAAUCCAUUGCUUGUAUGAAUACGGUCAUCCAUUAUGUCAAAAUGGACUUAAGUCAAACUUAACCCAUUUUAUUGUAAUGAGAUUAAGAUUACCUUAAGUUGGACUUGUUUCCUAUAAAACCUAGACAAAGCUAGACUUAAAUAUUGCUUUAAUGGAAUCUGGUUAUUCCUGUAACUCAAGGAUGAGUUUAAUUGUGGAGUAAAAUGAACAUGGCCACUUCAUUCGUGAAAUAUAUUUUGUAGCCACUCAUAUUUUAUACUCUAUGUGAUUUGAUUUGAAUUGUGGAAGGCAUGCUACUGUCCAUGGGCUCAACAUGAGUGACCCCUCUUAUUCAUACAAAUAAUUGGUGGAGAAAUUGGAAUAUUGGAUGGGUUGCCAUAGUUUAUACCAAGUCAAUCUUCACAGUUUGUGAAACACCCCCUUAGCUUGUAAUCCCGUUGUCAAAUAAGAAUGUACUAUAGCCUGUUAAAGCUUUUUGGCAACUGGCUUUUGUAGAAGUGUUUUCUGAAUAUGGACCCAGAAGUUGAUCUUCAAUGAUCGAUUGAAAAUCAUCACCAAUCGAUUGCAAAUCAUAACCAGUCGAUUGCAAAUUAUCAGCAAUUAAUUGCAAAUCACAAUCAGUCCAUUGCAAAUCACCAUCAAUCGAUUGUAAAUCAUCAUCGAUCGAUUGCAAAUCAUCAUCGAUCGAUUGCAAAUCAUCAUCAAUUGAUUGCAAGUCUUCUGGUUAACCUGCUACAGUCAGCACUUGAUGGGCUUCUACUGGUCAUCGUGAUACAAGAAUUCCAUCCUUGGCAAAUACCUUUACCUACGCACAUGCAUCGUAUUUGCAAAAAAAAUAAGAUAAAAAUGUUCAUGUUUGAUAUAUUGUAUUUAUUGAAAUUGUCGAAGUUUGCAAUGCAUUGACUUUGUUAUGCUUUUAACCAUUUUAGAUACAGAAUGAAAGUUUUUUUAGGUGAUGUUUAAUCACCUCAUCCUUUGAUCGAAGCAAAGGAAGAGAUGCUAUGUCAGGGAGGGCUCGGUGUUUUUAAAAAUUUAGGCCAAACUUGAUUAAGGAAUACAUUGGUAUAUCAUGGCAAAGGAAAUGUGAAUGGUGUAUAAAAAUCAUGGUUAGUUUAUUUUCUCCACUCCCCCCUCCCUACAUUAAACCCCUAAAAGUAUUCCACAGAAACAAUUCAUAGGCAGUGAUUUUAAUGCAUAAAGUUAAACAUUUCACAGAAUGACAUUUUGCAUCAGAAAAUGUAAUAUGGAGCAACAUAGCAAACGGAUUGCUGAAAAAAAAUCUAGGAGUCAGGUAAAUGGUCCAAACGUCUUCACAACUCAACUCCUACAGGUUAAAAUCACGUCUACUGAAUCCCUUUUUAAGUACACAUGAUCUCAUGGCCGUUUGCAGCUGGGGGUCAGGGCAGUUCCCCCCCCCCGGGAAUUUUGAAAAUUUGCAUUUUUUUUCUGAAAAUUAUUCACAAAAUUCAUCAAGAGUGUGAUCAAAAUCCUUCAAUUUCACUUUUUGAAAAUGCAAAGGCCCUCCAAUCACGAGCUCGGUUGCCUUGCUUUGGGGUUUCUUCAAAAGCUUUGUGGGUUUUACCCCACUUCUGAAAAAAAAAUUCUACAAAUGGCCAAGAAUGAUCUACAUCUAUGGCAAACAGAGUUUUAAUUUGAAUUCAAUAUCCCUUAGUGACUGCCAAAUAAACAUCAUGCCUUAUUUUUCCUAAAAAUCAUUGUCUUACACAUUGAAGUUAAUGUAUGGCAAAUAAUUUAUCAUGUCAGUUUAACUCCUCCCCCACUCAUGCACCUACAUUUGCAAGACAGAAAUGACGAGAAGUACGACUUGUAUUUUUAAAGUUUUCCUUGUAAUAUAUUUCUUGUCUCGGUGUUUGACCAUCCGAUCAUGUUCCUAAUGAAAUGUAUAUACAGAUGUAGAAACUGGAAGUAGAUCUUCUUUAUAUUUUAUGACAAGCAAAGAAGUGUCAUUUUCUGUUUUAAAGUUCUUGAUGUCGUAUUUGAUUCUCUUUCUGAAAAACCCUGACAAAUUGUGCUCUAUGUUUUUUUUUAUUGUUCGAAGUUAACUGGGAAUCUAUAAAGCAGGCUUUAUUGUGAAAAAAAAUAAUAAAACGAGUCAGACGUGUAUGACUUCUUGUAUUUGCAUUUGUUAAGAAUUUGUGAUUUAUUUUGGUAAAAAAUCAUGAUGAAUAUAUUGAGAUAAUAUAGCAGUUUACUGAAAAAAAAGGCUGAGUUAUUUGUUCUUGAAGAUUUUGAAACAUCCUUAUAAUUAUAUCAUUCAUUUCAGACUUAAUACUGUUAUCUGUUGGUAAGUUUCCAUUUUUUAUUUUAUUUUUGGCUAUACCUUGAUUACACUUUAGAUUGGACACAUCUGAAGUACUUUAAAUAAAUGUCGGAAAACAUAGUUUUUCGACUACAUUUUAUAU